AUGGACGGUAUAGUUGAAGCUGCUGACGCCGUCUUUGGCGAGCGUGUGAGAGUAUUUCAGGAGUUUUUGGAUGCCGAUGUUGCCACUCAGACAGAUUACAAAGAUGCCAUCAAGUUGAUGCUUCAAAAGGGACAACGUCGUUUGGCCAUUUCGAUCGACGAGUUACGUGAAUUCAACCUGGAUUACGCGAACGGGUUGUUGAACCAGCCCGCAGACUAUCUUCCUGCUGCUGAGACAGCUUUGAGAGAAACAGUGCUAGCACUUUUCAACACGUACGAGUAUUCUCAGAUGGACAUCACUCAGGAUUCCGACUUUUAUUUGGCUUUCCGUGGAGCCUUUGGGUCUCAUCAAUUGUCUCCUCGGUCGAUCAACUCGUCUUUCCUUUCCAAGAUGGUUUCCAUUGAAGGAAUCGUCACAAGGGCGUCUUUGAUCCGUCCAAAGAUCAUCAAGUCUGUUCAUUACUGUGACGCGACCGAAAAAUUUCACGCUCGUGAAUAUAGAGACCAAACUACCAGUUUCAAUCCGAUCACCACCUCGGCGAAUUACCCCACCGAGGACCCGGACGGGAACAAGCUGAUCACAGAGUACGGUUAUUCCAAGUACAGAGACCACCAGACCGUUGCUAUCCAGGAACUGCCGGAGUUUGCUCCAGCGGGACAACUUCCUCGGUCCGUGGACGUGAUUUUGGACGACGACUUGGUCGACAAGGUCAAGCCUGGUGAUAGAGUACAGAUCAUCGGUGUUUUCCGGUCGCUGGGAGGAGGCCAGAACAACAGCUCGGCUUUCAAAGUGGUCAUCUUGGGUAACUCUUUGUAUCCGCUGCAUGCUCGGUCGUCUUCGGUGCAAGCGGUGGAGAAAAUCACAGAUUUCGAUGUCAGAGACAUCAAUAAGCUGGCCAAGAAAAAAGAUGUAUUUGACAUUCUGUCGCAGUCGCUUGCUCCAUCUAUUUACGGCCAUGACCACAUCAAAAAAGCAGUGCUGUUGAUGCUUCUUGGAGGAACAGAGAAAAACCUGGCCAACGGAACACAUCUUCGUGGAGACAUCAACUUGCUGAUGGUGGGAGAUCCUUCCACUGCCAAGUCGCAGAUUCUUCGGUUUGUUCUGAACACUGCUGCUCUGGCUAUUGCCACCACCGGACGUGGUUCGUCUGGUGUCGGUUUGACUGCCGCAGUUACCAGCGACAAGGAGACGGGAGAAAGACGGCUGGAGGCCGGUGCGAUGGUUCUUGCGGAUCGAGGUGUCGUUUGUAUCGACGAGUUCGACAAGAUGAGCGACGUCGACCGUGUUGCUAUCCACGAAGUCAUGGAGCAGCAGACCAUCACCAUUUCCAAGGCCGGAAUCCACACGUCUUUGAACGCAAGAUGUUCUGUGAUUGCAGCUGCCAACCCGAUCUACGGCCAAUAUGAUACCUUCAAGUCCCCACAGCAGAACAUUGCUCUUCCGGACUCGCUUCUUUCGCGUUUCGACUUGCUGUUCGUGGUGACGGACGAGAUUUCCGACGAUAAAGACAGAAAGAUCAGUGAGCACGUUCUGAGAAUGCACAGAUACCUUCCUGCUGGCUACGCGGAGGGCGAGCCGAUCAGAGAACGGCCUGCCGUGACUUUGGCCGUUGGCGACCGUCCGUUGGAGCCAGAGACCGAGAACAGCGAGGUUUUCGAGAAGUUCAAUCCUCUGCUGCACGCGGGAGCUGCCGAGGCCGCCAAGGGCAAGACUCCGAAGAUCGUCACGAUCCCGUUCUUGAAGAAGUACGUGCAAUACGCCAAGCAGAGAAUCCACCCCGUGUUGACCCAGAACGCUACCAACAUGAUUGUGGACAUCUACGCAGAGUUGAGAAAUGACGAUAACACCAAGAACAACAGAACCACGCCGAUCACGGCCAGAACGCUCGAGACGCUGAUCAGAUUGUCCACUGCGCACGCCAAGGUGCGGCUGUCGCAGACGGUGGAUUUGAAGGACGUCCUUGUUGCGCAGGAGCUGCUACGGUUUGCUCUGUUUAAAGAAAAGCUGACCAAGAGAGAGCCUCAAAAGAAGAAGCGUCGUGUUGAGCACGACGUCCUCGACGAAAGCGCCGACGAGAGUCUGUCUGAGUCCGAGACCGAGGGAGACGAGGUGAUUGGCAACCGGAUUCUGACCAGAAGACAGCGUGCGUUGCAGCAGAUCCACGAGGACCAGCAGGUCGACGAGCAAGUGGACGAGCAAGUGGACGAUCUGGCACGGACCGUUGAGUCGCAGCAUCUGGGCGAGACGUCUGUGUCGCGGGCCUCGAACACGGUUGGUCUUUCGCCGGCACGGUACGAGCUGUUCAAAAAGACCGUGUCCAAGGUGUUUAUCGCAAACGGCUCUGUGGAGGAGUUCAAGAGCGACGGUCUUCUACAAAUGGUGAACUCGGAGCUUUCUCAGGAAGAUCAGUUCGGCGCCGACGAGGCCACCAAGGCUCUGGAACGACUCGAAAACGAAAACAUCAUCAUGGUGAGCGAUGGAAGUAUCUGGAGAAUUUAA